CCUUUACGAUUAGGAGUGAGAGAGAAAGUUGGAGUAGGAGAGAAGCAAUUAUUAAAGGUUCUGCCUUUGUUACCAGAGUAAUGAAAAUGAAAUUUCAAUGAUUAUGAUUCCAUUCAUAGAAACCCAUUAAUUUUUACCCACGGUUGAACGAAAGGGGUUUUCGUGUUCUGGUUUCCCAGGUUAUGUGUAGGAUUUAGAGAAGGAUAUCGGUUUGGGGGACAAGGUAUAGAAUGAUUAAGGAAGACGAUGAUGACCCUGGAAACAAGGGCCGGUCACGAUUACGGGGGCAGAACAAAUGGUUGGUUACCUUCCACCGGGAUCUGUUGGCGGGGGCGUUGAUGGGCGGCAUGGUGCACACCAUCGUGGCCCCAAUUGAGAGGGCAAAGUUAUUGCUGCAGACCCAAGAGAGUAAUCUGGCAAUUGUGGGAGGUGGGCGUCGGAGAUUCAAGGGCAUGCUGGAUUGCAUCGUCCGUACGGUCAGGGAUGAAGGCUUUCUUUCGCUCUGGAGAGGCAAUGGCAGCAGCGUUCUCAGAUAUUAUCCUUCUGUUGCUCUUAAUUUCUCGCUCAAGGAUCUUUACAGAAACAUAUUAAGAAGUGGAAACUCUCAAAAUGGUCAUAUGUUCUCUGGGGCAUCUGCUAACUUUAUCGCUGGAGCUGCAGCUGGUUGCACAACAUUGAUCGUUAUCUACCCACUUGAUAUUGCACACACCCGCCUUGCUGCUGACAUUGGAAGAAGUGAGGUUCGUCAAUUCCAAGGUAUCUACCAUUUCCUGACUACCAUACUAAAGAAAGAUGGAAUUUGUGGAAUUUACAGAGGCCUUCCUGCCUCCCUACAAGGAAUGAUCGUUCACCGUGGCCUAUAUUUUGGAGGCUUUGACACAAUGAAGGAGAUUUUAUCAGAAGAAUCUAAAUCCGAAUUAGCGUUGUGGAAACGUUGGGUGGUGGCUCAGGCUGUUACAACAUCUGCUGGAUUGUUGUCAUAUCCACUUGACACGGUUCGAAGGAGGAUAAUGAUGCAAUCUGGUCUGGAACAACCUAUGUAUCUAAGCACACUUGACUGCUGGAAGACAAUUUACAGGACAGAGGGGAUAGCUUCUUUUUAUCGCGGAGCACUAUCUAACAUGUUUCGAAGCACCGGUGCUGCAGCCAUCUUGGUAUUGUACGACGAGGUCAAGAGGUUCAUGAACUGGGGUGGAUUAUAGCACUCAUAAAUCAAAUGUUUCUCUGACACGUUCCUUUUUUUUUUUUUUUCACACAAGAAUUAGAGUAGAAUGAGUUAAUCAGUUAUCACAACAGGGAAAUUGUAGGGGCGAAAAUGAAUUUUGUGCCCUCAAUGUGUAGCAUGCUACAAAGGAGACAUUCAUUUGUCAAGUUGCAUUCUGAAGCUCUGACAAAUCCAUGCCAUUGAUUUUUCUUAGAAAAUAAAAAGAACAGAUUAUC